UGCCCCUCCCCCUCCCAGUUCUGUUCGCGCGCCUUCUUCCCCCUCCUCCCUCACCUCCUCGGGUUUCGUUCUUUCAAACUUUUUGAGACCCUAAUUGGUGGUCUCGGAGCGGGUCUCAGGGACUCCCGCCUCCUGAAUAACUCUCAUCACGUCACUCGACCCGAGAGGGGUAAGGAGGGUGAACUAAAGGGCUCCCCGAACUUUUUUUUUUUCUCCCAGCGAGGCCAGAGGGGGCUCGGUGUUGAUUGGCCAGGGCUCACCACGGCGAGCCUGUCAAUCACGGGCCGGCGGGUGGUGAGGGGCGGACCGAGCCCCAACCCUCCCGGAUCUGAGCAGGUAUAUAAAGAGGCCGGCACACUUCCCGGGCAGACUGCGAAUGCGACCGGCUCGAGAGAACGCAUCAGGUGAGAGAGGCCCGCGCGUUCCCGCCGACUUCGCGCGGAGCACUUCCGCAAGCCUGCCCUUCCCGCCCGAGCCGCCGGCCUCCCGGCCCCCAAGCGCCACUCCCACGGAGUCCGCUGGCCUUUUCACCGUGGCCGCUCCAGCCCCUGGAGCGCCUUCUCCUCCCGCCACGCUGGCGCACCUUAUUCCCGCCCCGGCCAUGUACAGCCUGCUGGAAACCGAACUCAAGAACCCCGUCGGGCCACCCACCCCGGCGGCGGCCACCGGCGGCCCCGCAGCUCCAGGAGGUGCAGGCAAGAGUAGCGCGAACGCAGGCGGCGGCGCGAACGCAGGCAGCGGCGGCGGGAACGGCGGCGGCGGCGGCGGCGGGAGCGACCAGGACCGCGUAAAGCGGCCCAUGAACGCUUUCAUGGUGUGGUCCCGCGGGCAGCGGCGCAAGAUGGCCCUGGAGAACCCCAAGAUGCACAACUCCGAAAUCAGCAAGCGCUUGGGCGCCGACUGGAAACUGCUGACCGACGCUGAGAAGCGACCUUUCAUCGACGAGGCCAAGCGACUGCGUGCAGUGCACAUGAAGGAGUACCCGGACUACAAGUACCGGCCGCGCCGCAAGACCAAGACGCUGCUCAAGAAGGACAAGUACUCCCUGCCCGGCGGCCUCCUGCCCCCGGGCGCCGCCGCCGCCGCCGCCGCCGCUGCCGCCGCCGCCGCCGCCAGCAGCCCAGUGGGCGUGGGCCAGCGCCUGGACACGUACACGCACGUGAACGGCUGGGCCAACGGCGCGUACUCGCUGGUGCAGGAGCAGCUAGGCUACGCGCAGCCCCCGAGCAUGAGCAGCCCGCCGCCGCCGCCCGCGAUCCCGCAGAUGCACCGCUACGACAUGGCUGGCCUGCAGUACAGCCCCAUGAUGCCACCCGGCGCCCAGAGCUACAUGAACGCCGCGGCCGCCGCCGCCGCCGCCUCGGGUUAUGGGGGCAUGGCGCCCUCGGCCGCCGCCGCCGCCGCCGCCGCCUACGGUCAACAGCCCGCCACCGCCGCCGCCGCGGCCGCUGCAGCUGCCGCCAUGAGCCUGGGCCCCAUGGGCUCCGUGGUGAAGUCGGAGCCCAGCUCUCCGCCGCCCGCCAUCGCUUCGCACUCGCAGCGCGCGUGCCUUGGCGACCUGCGCGACAUGAUCAGCAUGUACCUGCCACCUGGCGGGGAUGCGGCUGACGCCGCCUCUCCGCUCCCCGGCGGCCGACUGCACGGCGUGCACCAGCACUACCAGGGCGCCGGGACUGCAGUCAAUGGAACGGUGCCGCUGACCCACAUCUGAGCUCCAGCCUGCGCUCCUAGCUCUUCGCCCCCACCCUGCCCCACACCCCCACGUUGGGACGCCUUGUUGUCUAGCUUUGCUUGCCUGGGACUGUUUGUUGCCUUGUACCGAAGAUGAG